AUGGCUCUGUGGGACAUUGUGGUACUAAGCGCCGUGCUUGGAGUUGUAUAUCGAAUCAUUGUCACUUACAAUGAAUGGCAACAGCUUCGCCACAUUCCAGGUCCAUUUCUUGCCCGCUUCACCCGUUUUUGGCUGGUCAGACACAUUCUAGGAGGCGUCUACGUUGAAAAGUUGUCCCAACUUCACGAGAGAUACGGCCCCGUCGUGGUGUUGGCUCCCGACUUGGUCUCGCUUAGCGACCCGGCCGAGAUCAAGUCGAUUGGCGGGGUUAGGUCUCCAUGGGGGCGGUCCGUGAUCUAUCAGGCCUUCCGCUUCGCUCCCGGUCCGGACGGCGACUCGGUUCUGAGCAUGCGCGACGAUCGUGCUCAUGCGCGGAUGCGAGCCAAGCUCAUGCCGGGCUACGCCGGCAAGACGGUCGAAGGCGUGGAGCAAAUGGUGGACAAGCACGUCACGCAGCUCGUCGACAUUAUCGAGGCUCGCUACGUCACGAUUCCGGGGGCAGACUACCGGCCCGUCGAUCUGUCUCUGCUGGCGCAGUAUCUGACCAUUGAUGUCAUCACGUCAUUUGCUUUCCAAGAGUCUUUUGCCUGUCUGGAGCGUGAUGCUGAUUUUCACGGCUACCUCGAGUCGGUCGGCAGGUCGGUGCCGUAUCUCUUGUCCUUUAGCUGUUUCCCCGUGGCCGCGUAUCUCAUGGACUUCUCGGCGCUGGGCAAGAUCUUUCCCGAGGGCGGCUUCUUCCCCAAGGUAUUUGAAAUGGCCCAUCGGCAGGUCGGCAAGCGGUACGGCCAGCAGGAGCACGAGCUGCGGGAGCGCAACGACGUGCUGGGCACCUGGGUGGCCGCGGGGCUCAGCGCGCGCGAGCUCGAGAACGAGGUCGUGGGCCAGCUGGUCGCGGGCGGCGAGACGACGAGCACGGGCGUCCGCGCCGCCCUGCUCUACCUCAUGACGUCGCCGGGCAGCUACCUGGCGCUGCAGCGCGAGAUCGACGAGGCGCUGCGCGAAGGACGCGUCACCACGUGCCCCUUAGCUGAUGCCGAGGUGGGCAAACUGCCGUAUCUGCAGGCCGUGGUCAAGGAGACCCUCCGCAUCUUUGCGCCGGGGGCGUUUUUCCCGAAGAGUAGUCCCAAUGAUCAGACGCUGUGUGGGUUCAAGAUCCCGGCUGGCAUCAGCGUGGAGCUGGCUUACAAACCUGCUUUGCAAAACAAGGAAAUCUUUGGUGAAGACGCCGCUUUCUUUAGACCUGAGCGUUGGAUCGAGGCUGAAGGAAGCCAGUUGACGCUCAUGGAGGAAACUUCCCGAUUCGUAUUCGGUGGUCCCAGCCGGUGGGAAUGUCUAGGCAAAGGCCUGGCCUUGAUGCAAAUGCACAAGGUUAUUUUUGAAAUAUUUCGCCAUUUUGACUUGAGACUGGUAGACCCGGCGAAUCCUUGGAAGGCGUCUGGCACUCGUAUUUGGGUUAUUGAGAACUUCUUUGCACAGGUCACCAAGAGAUCUCCGGUCAGGGAUUAA